AUGCAUUCCCUCAUUGCUCCCCUAAUGGUUGCGGGCUUCGCCAGCCUCGCGCAAGCCUUUACGAAACCCACCGAAAGCACAUGGGGCCCAUUGCUCGAGCCUGACUUGACUCACCCCGUUACUCAAGGCGAGACCUUCGACGUGACCUGGGACCCAGAGAACCACCCCACCGACAACGUGACAGUCUCUCUUGUGCUCUGCCAUGGUCCCUCGUCGAACUGCGUCCCGUCAGACAGCGCAAUCGCGUCGGGCCUCCCGGCCAGCUCAAAGUCUUUCUCUUGGGACGUCCCUUGCGAUCUGGCUCCCGGCACCCAGAGCACUUCGACAGGUUACGGCAUGCUGAUCAUUGUCGACGGCACCGGAGAAUUCCAGUACUCGACCCAGUUCUCUGUCCUGGAGGGCAAGACAUGCUCGACAUCGGGCUCCGGACCCUCCAACAACAGCACAAGCCCAAGUAGCACCGUUACCAACAGCGCUGGCUCUGUAGUCAUCUUGCCACCCACCCAGCAAACUGGGUCGGCUCACCCAGGCUCCAACGGCACCAUCGUGACCGCCUCUGGCCCGAGCUGGACGGGUUCAGGCAUCUCCAUCCCAACCACCACAGCCACCGACAUCUCCAGCCUUGUUACCGUUACCUUCAGCAGCGGCUCCAUUGUGAGCACGGCAAUCGUCACGGCCGCACCUACAGUUGCAACCGCUGGAGCCACCACCACAGGAAGUGCACCGGCUACCACGUUCACUGGCGCCGCGGCACAGGUCGCACUAAAUGGCGCAGGCAUGGUUCUGGCCGGUGCCGUCGCCAUAUUCGCCCUGUAA